AGGUGCCACUCCCUGUCAAAAGCCUGAUUCACAUCUAGAAAGAUGUGAAUAUUGCUGCACAAUAUUUCUUAUUUUCUUAUUUUCUUUUCUGGUGACGACACGGUGGCUCAGCAUUGCCAGGCUCCAGUUCUACCAGUAAUACUUCCCGUAGAUAAUUUAGGAACCCAACAGUUUUGGUUAGAAUCAGGACACACACUAAAUAAAUUUACUGUUAUACAAAAAAAAAAAAAAAAUCAAAAUGGCACACCUAAGUGACUUUAAGUAAAACCUCCUUGGUAUCUCUUGUUUGGAUGGCAUUCCUCUACGAACCGAAUCACCCAGUGCCAGGCUUCCGCAUCCGAUUAGGUAAUCAAUCUCCUCCAGCUGAGGGCUUCAAUGGGAAACUUGCCCCUGCGACACCAUAAAGUCUCCCAUUUUGGCCAGCGCCGGUUAAUGUCUUUAAAUCACGGCCCCAAAAUGGCAUAUUACAUGGGCGCACCAAAGGAAGUGAUGGGAGCUGCAGGAUGGGGGGAUGGGGGGAUGGCAGGAUGCAGGCAUGUCCAUGGGCAUGGCCACCAUAAACACAAAUCAAUUGUCAACCACUCGACGGGGGAAGGACUUCAGACGGCUGGCAGGACUCGGAUUGGCGACGGCAGUGACGCUGGUUAUGGGAAUGGGAAUGGGAAUGGGGAUGGGAUGCAGAUUCACAUCCCAGCGGAACGCAAUUUGCGUUGCACUUUUCAAUUUCCGGCAAAGGACUUCAUCACCACCACUCUCGACGGCCGUGCAACACUAUCCAAAUCUAGUCGCUGCUGUGUGCCAUUUGCGAGGGACCCAGGACGCAGGACGCAGGACACAGGACACAGGACCUGGGAUCCAGGACGAAGGCGUCAGGACGAUGGGCGAUGGGUGAUGGGCGAAGGACCUGCACACGUCACCGUAACCAGUGUCAAAAUGAUUGUGGACUCACGGCACCCAAAAAUCACAAGGAUCACGGCUGCAUGCAGAUACAGAUGCAAUCGCUAA